UCUCGAUAAUUCCAUUGGUUUAUAAAAGCGACAUCGGUGAGCCGGCCGGCAGUUUGAAUUUUGGAAGCGCGAGAAGCAUAGAUUAAGCGAAUUUGCGAAUUAGAAAGGAAGGAAUUGGAAAAUGGCUUUGUUACCGUUGUUAUUUGAUCACGAUCCCUUUUGUCGCAAAAUAUCCAGAUUGUCGAGUUUUAUUGAACCAGAGGAUAUAUAUCAGUUAGUGGUCCCAACUUCGCUUUCAACAAAUUUGAAGGAAGUUCAAGAACAUCUUUCCCAGUUACAGAAAGACACUUCGAUAACUGUCGACAAAGACACUUUUUCGGUCAGCGUGGAUGUGCAACAAUUUAAACCAGAGGAAUUGUCUGUUAAAGUAACAGAUGAUAAUUCUAUUACUGUGGAAGGAAAACAUGAAGAAAGACAGGAUGAACAUGGAUAUAUUUCCAGGCAUUUUGUUAGAAAGUAUAAAUUGCCCGAAGACUGCGACAUAAAACAGCUACGGUCUAGAUUGUCCUCUGAUGGAGUUCUCAGCAUAACUGCCCCGAAGAAAGAAGGAAAACGCCUGGAGUACAAAGAAAUCCCCAUCAUCAAGACGGGUAAACCUGCGGCUAGCGUUAAAAGGUUGCAGAAUGUUAGUCCUGGCGAUAGAAAAAAUAAGAAACCUCGCAAAGAUAGAAAUAAAAUUUAAUAUGAACUGAUUGAAGUAUCUUAGGUUAUGUCCAUUAUUAUUUUGUAUUAUUUUUGUAAUACCAACAUUUU